GUCCGCGAAGCGUGUGGAAUUGUAAAAUAUUUCGGCUAUUAAUAAAAGAUCAAAUUACCAGACAUUUGUGUGCCUAUGUUUUGGACUAAUUAUGUUCAUUAUGGAUAUAUUCGGUCUAUUACCGAAUUGUGUGUACGUAUAUUGUUGAUUCCCUGAAUGUGGGUAAACUUGUCCGAUCACAACUAAGGUGAUGAAAGUGUCUGCGUGAAGUGCAUCUUCAGAAAAUUUCGAGCAGAAGACUUCUUUUACAAGAUUUCAUUCUUAUUAUUAUUGGGAAUAAUUGCUUCUGCUUCACAACAAACUGCUGGCAUUCACCUUAGAAGAAAAUAUGUAGAUGAUGGACCUCAUCUGACAUCGAGGCAGUCGAAGCCGAGGGUUCCAUCCCCAUUUGUUCCAAUGCCAGGAAAUCUUCCCUUGGGCCCUAGGUACCCUUCAAGAAAUUCAAGCAACAAACCUGCUGUUCCUCAGAGUCAGAGACUGAAGCCUUCGAUCAAUUCAAGGCCCGAAAUUUCGAAUCCAUAUCGAAUCAAACCCAUAAAUAAUGUACGAGCUGUAGCUCAUGGACAUCGUAAUAGUAAACCUAUCACUUCUGGUGGCCAAUCUGGACGACCAAGACCAAUAACUUCAUCAAUUUCGAAAUCAAGUAACCAAGAAAAUCAGAUAUCUUCAUUGAGUAGGACAACCGGACAACCUGUGGGUGUCAAAAUGAAGCCUGUUCAUGAAGAAGGAUCAUUAAUGAGGAUGCCGGUAUACAUCAACUCGUUUCCAGAAUUUAGUCAUCAAGAAUCUUCCAAAUUGAAAGAUGGUAAAACUGUUAAUUACUAUGAACCCUUGGGAGAUUAUGCCCGAUUUUAGGAAAUUGUUAUUUAUUAUUAAUACAAGUAUUUAUUAUUA